UUCCAGAAAGUACGAGAAGCCAACAUCAAUAUAUAUGAAGCUGUGCAAAAUUGCCACCUUUCAGUUCGUAACAAGACAAGACUUAGAGCAGUUUAACUGUUAAAGUACUCAAUAAAUAUAAUACAUAUUAACUUCUAGAUCUUUCUACAAUAUUGUUGUAUAAAAGUGAAGUUUUAAACUAUAUAUCAUCGUAGUAAUAAUUAUCAAUAAAGAAAUAUCACAAAAAUAAAAAAAAAAAUGGGAAAAGAUUAUUACAAAACACUGGGUAUUAAUAAAGGUGCAAGUGAUGAUGAAAUAAAAAAAGCUUAUCGUAAACUUGCAUUACGUUAUCAUCCAGAUAAAAAUAAGAAUGCUGGUGCUGAGGAAAAAUUUAAAGAAAUUGCUGAAGCAUAUGAGGUAUUAUCAGACACUAAAAAACGUGAAAUAUAUGAUAAAUAUGGUGAAGAAGGAUUAAAAGGUAGUGCACCAACUGGUAAUGGUGGUAAUGGUGGUGGUCCAUAUCAAUAUCAUGGUGAUUCACGUGCAACAUUUGCUCAAUUCUUUGGCUCAGCAUCACCAUUUGCUACAUUCUUUGAAUGUGGUCCAGGUGGUGGUAAUAGAGGUUUUUCAUUUGCAAGUGGUGAAGAUUUAGAUAUGGAGGAUCCAUUUGAUUUACGUAUGGGAACAGCAAGACCAGGUGGUAAUGGUGGUAUUGGUGCAUUUCGUUCACAUUCAUUUAAUUUUGCUGGACCAAAUGGUGGACGUGGUGGUGGACAAAAAGAUAAUGCACAAGAUCCACCAAUUGAACAUGAUUUAUAUGUUACACUUGAAGAUAUUGCACGUGGUUGUGUUAAAAAAAUGAAAAUAUCAAGACGUGUUGUACAAUCAGAUGGUACUACUAAAAAAGAAGAUAAAGUAUUGACAAUAAAUAUUAAACCAGGAUGGAAAGCUGGUACUAAAAUAACAUUUCAAAAAGAAGGUGAUCAAGGUCGUGGUAAAGUACCAGCAGAUGUUGUAUUUAUAAUACGAGAUAAACCACAUUCAUAUUUUAGACGUGAAAAUAGUGAUAUAAGAUAUACAUGUAAAUUAUCAUUAAAACAAGCACUUUGUGGUACAAUUAUUGAAGUACCAACAUUAAAUGGUGAUAAAAUAACACUUAAUUUAACUAAAGAAAUUGUUAAACCAAAUAUGGUUAAAAAAAUACAAGGACAAGGUUUACCAUUACCAAAAGAACCAUCAAGAAAAGGUGAUCUUCUUGUAUCAUUUGAUAUUAAAUUUCCUGAUACACUUACACAAAGUGCUAGAGACAUUUUGUAUGAUACUUUACCAAAUUAAUAUUUUUUAUUUAUAUUUUUAAUUUAAUUAAAUAUUAAAAAAUUAAAGAAAAUACAGUGAUCUUUAUAAAUUCAUUAGUUUAUAGUGAGACAGUUCAAUCGUUUGUUGAUUCAAAAAUGAAAACAAAAUUAAUUUAUAUAAUAAAAAACAAAAAAAACAAACGCGUCAGACUAAAAUGGCAUAGAAAAGUUUAAAUUAAAAAAAAAGUAAAAUUAUCAAACACACAUGUAUAAAAACAUUUAUGAAAAAUGAUGUGUAGGUAUGUAGUAAAUUUAAAUGUAAAAUUGAAUCGACUCGAAUUUCUGCUGAGUAUUAGAAUUGUUUGAAAUAUUCAAGAGUAUAAAAAAUAAACGAAAAUGCUCUCUUUCUCAAUUUGAUAUAAAAAAUUUUUGAUGCCAAUGUUAAAUAAUAGUCUGAUUAAUUCAUUUACGUCGCGACUUUGUUUUUUUUUUUUUAAAUUUUGUUUUUCAUGAUUGAAUGUUCAGUCACAUAUAUAAAUAUUAUUUCAUCAAUUUUUUAAAUUAUAAUAUACGAUUGUUGUACACGUGAAAUAUUGUAUGAACGAAUGUCUGACUGAUAGUUUAUUAUGUAUAAUUAUAAUUAUUAUAUUCAUUAAAAUUAUGGCAAAAAAAAUGUCCAUAAACCAUGAUUGUAUAAAAAU